AUGGAAUCAUUACAAUCAGAAUACAUUUUAUGUCAACUUUUAGAUCACAUGAUUGAUGACCUUGACAGGUUAUUCUUUGGUCUAACAUGUACACGAAUGUACAAUCUAGUAAAGAAGAAGUCAUUGAAACAAUUAUAUCCAGAUCACAACAAUAAUAGUGAUCAAUCAACAACAACAACAAUGACAAUGACAACAAAACUAUCACAACCACCGAUGGAGAUGAUUGUAAACACAUCACAUAUUGAAUUGAUGAAGACUAGACAACUGCCACCAUCAUUGGCCAAGAUGACUUUACUUGCAGAGAUGGCCACAAUACCAAUACUUCCAGGAUACCUACCAAUCUCAUUGAGUCAGCUGCACAUUGAACAUAAUAUUAACUUGGAUACACCUGGCUCGCUACCGCGAUCACUCACAUCACUCUCAUUUGGACUGAACGAGCAGGGUCCUCCAAACCUAGCAAUCAACCCUCUACCAUAUAUCACACAUCUUAAGCUUGGCUGUCGAUUCCAAGAAUAUCUUCUCCCUGGAUCACUGCCGCCAACGUUAACCUCUCUCACUCUGGGCAAAUACUACAACGUGGAAUGUUUCGAAGGUGCCCUUCCCAGCGGCCUCCUUUCACUCGAGUUUGGAAGCACGUUCAACAAACGUGUACCCAUUGGCUGGCUGCCUGGCUCACUCACCUCUCUCAAGUUUGGCUACGAGUUCAACAAACCUCUGCCAAGCGGAACCAUCCCGCCAUUGGUGACAGACCUUGGCUUUGGCGAGAUGUUCACACAGCGCAUACGUUCGGUCAACUUUCCAAACAUUCUCAAUCUACACAUAUCAUCAUACAACCAACUGCACUACAUUGAUCGAUGUCCUGACCUUAGAUCACUGAAUGUCGCAUGCACCUACUAUUCUCAGCUUAGAGCAUUCUAUCGACCACUCGAAUCUUAUAUCUACUCAUUCUUUCGAAACGAGAAGAUAUCAUUUCGUAAUACAAUGACAAGAGCACUUAGGGCAAUUGAGUCGGCACCAUUUGUCCAAACAUACAUUAUCAAUCUCACUGAUUGGAUAAUCCAAUGUCGCAAGUUGGACUUGCACACGGCCGUCUGUAUAGUCCAGGCCAAACACCGUACGCCCUACAUCAAGACCAUUCAUAUACGA